GCAGAGAUGGAGUCCAGCGAGGAGGCUGGCCUCAGCGUCGGGGGCUCCGUGGGAGAGGAGAACUACUUCCUGGGCUACACAUUCACUGACCGCUCUCAUUCGAGCCGUGUGGUGAAGAGCAUCAUGGACCUGUGCUUGGAAGAUGGCCUGUUUGCUGAUGUCACCGUCACUGUGGACAGCAAAGAGUUUCAGCUGCACAGGUUGGUGCUCUCGGCACAGAGCAGUUUCUUUCGCUCCAUGUUCACUUCCAACCUCAAAGAGUCGCACAACCGCGUUAUUGAGCUGAAGGACGUGAGCGCCACAGUGUUUCAGCUGCUGGUAGACUACAUCUACCAUGGCACAAUCAAACUGAGGGUUGAGGAUCUGCAGGACACCUAUGAAAUGGCAGACAUGUACCAGCUGACUGCUCUGUUUGAGGAAUGCUCCCGCUUCCUGUCACGGACGGUGGAGGUUAAGAACUGCUUGCAGGUGAUGUGGCUUGCAGACAGACAUAGUGAUCAGGAGCUGUAUACAGCAGCAAAGCACUGUGCUAAAAUCCACCUGGCUCAGCUGCAUCAGACUGAGGAGUUUCUCAAUCUGCCUCUCUGUCUGCUCCUGGACAUCAUCAAAGAUGGCGUUCCAACAUCCCAAAAUCCAACGGUGGCCAUAGAGUCGUGGAUAAACCACAACAAAGUUGAGAGGGAGGAAUUUUCUUGCAUUCUCCAAGAGAAUCUUAAGGAAAUUGGCGAGAACGUCCACAUUUACCUUAUUGGUAAAGAGGAGACCAGGACUCACUCGCUUGCCGUGUCGCUGCACUGCGACGAGGACGACGCGAUCAGCGUGAGUGGUCAGAACAGCUUAUGCCAUCAGAUCACUGCGGCCUGUAAGCACGGCGGUGAUCUGUACGUGGUGGGCGGGUCCAUCCCCCGCCGCAUGUGGAAAUGCAACAUGCACACCAUGGACUGGGAGCGCUGCGCGCCGCUGCCCAGGGACCGCCUCCACCACACCAUGGUGUCCGUCUCCUCUGAGGACGCCAUCUACUCGCUUGGCGGCAAAACGUUGCAGGACACGCUCUCGAACGCCGUCAUUUACUACACGGUGAAGGACAACAGGUGGACCGAGACCAGCCAGCUGGACACUGCUGUGUCCGGGGCAGCAGGCGUGAACCUGGGAGGCACAAUCUACCUGCUCGGGGGGGAGGAGAAUGACAUGGACUUUUUCACCAAGCCGUCCCGUCUCAUUCAGUGCUUUGACACCUCCUCCCAAAAGUGUCAGAUCAAACCCUACAUGCUGCCGUUCGCCGGCUGCAUGCACGCUGCAGUCCACAUGGAUGUUAUCUUCAUUGUGGCAGAGGGAGACUCCCUGGUGUGUUACAACCCGCUGCUGGAAAGCUUCACCCGCCUGCGCUUCCCAGAGGUGUGGAGCUGCAUCCCGUCUCUGUGGAAGGUAGCCAGCUGCAACGGCUGCAUCUAUGUGUUCAGAGACAAAUGUAAGAAAGGUGACGCCAACACGCUAAAGUUUAACCCGGCCACAUCUGUGGUCUCGGUCAUCAGAGGUAUAAAAAUCCUCCUCACAAACUGGCAGUUUGUGUUGGCAUAACCUGACCAAUGAACAAUGAAGCUGAGGUCCACUCACACAGCGAUCACGGCAGCCUGCUGGGUCCAAUCAUAACUCCGCUCUUCUGGCUUUCACACUUCAGCCGCGUGUCUCCCUCUCCUGUUCCGUAGUGCAUCUUUGUGGAUCCCCUUAGUGCAGAAAUACAUUAGUAUGUUGUGAACGGUGAUAAAUCAACCUGUUAUUCCCUGCUCCGCUCAUAUGUGGACAUGCAUGAACAGCAAAUCCCUCAGUACAGUAUAUCGUGAUCACUAUAUGCGGAUGUAGACUGACAAUACUCAUUUAAAAAUGUUUGCUUUGUGAACAGAAACGUAACCGAGGAUGUUUUCUAAAAUGUUUCGAUUUUUCACAAUUUGUCCUACGAUUUUUGUUUUUGUUUUUGUACACUGUGUACUUGUUCAAGUUUAGCCGUUACAAGAAAUGUUCAAUACAUCACUGUAUCUACAUCCCUCACUGUUUUUUGUUUUGUCUCAUCCUUUCACAAACAGCUCUGAGACUUUUGUUGUCCACAGGCUUUUAAACCUCCGAUUUCUUCAGUUAAGCAUGUAACUAUGCUGCUGCAUAGCUUUUAAAAAGUUCCCCGUCAAGAGCGUUUACCUUGAAUAAGUAACACUUGUUACCAAAUCUACUACAGAGACGCCAAACUUUGAUCUCAUUGAUGUGCUGCUGGAGGCUGCGCAGCUGAAACCUAAGCUCAGGAACAUGUCAGACUUUGUGAACUAUUCUAAGCAUCGGUUGCUGACGCUGAGAUCGGGGGUGGGGGCUCAUAUGUGUCUCCAUAAGGACUCCCAUUAGGAACUUACAGCCACUACAAGUACAGUCUGAUAUGCGGUGUCUGUAAUGUUGGAAAUACAGCUGCAUGUAAUCCCCGUGUCACAGUUCCACCGCCUCACAGUCCAGACUCCGCUUCCAUUCUUUUGGAGACCUUUGCUUUUCAUCCUCCCAAAUCUUUAGGCUGUAGAAGGUUUUUUCUCAUGUGGUGUCAUGAGUAAUGUUUCGUGUGAAGGUAGAUCGCUAGGAGCUCUAGUGACCUUGGGACUGUUUGGUGAGGGCAGAAAAUAAUUCCUGAAGGGACACAUGGUCUAGAGUGACAAGGCCAUCUGCGGUAGCGCCAGCAGGAGGACGUGGGGAGGGGGUUGGAAGUAGGGGUGCUGAGAAUUCCUUUCGCUAGGGUGUGGAGGGAGUAGAUAUUCUGGUCUGUCACUUCUAGUGCUCAGCUGGGAUAUGUGUUUUCUUUUCUAUUUUUCAAACGGAAAUCCUACGGAGAACUGUUGAGCUCCUGAUGGUGAGACGGGAUCACUGCAUGGUUGAACUGGGAUGAUAUUUUCCGUACCCGGUAGCUCUCCAUAUAGCAUUCGUUGAAAAUGGUGGUUGUGUGUCGCUGCUCUGCUUCGGUGGAUCUAGUUUCCUCUCCGUCCCAGCCCAGCCGGAGCUGAUCGAGCGGGAUCUCUUAGGCCGUUCUGGCACCCACCUCCCAGAGGAUCAUCUUCUAGGGAUUUUCUUUGGAGUUGUACUGUGCAUGGCAAGGAUCUACUUUCUUGCUGCCCCUCUGAAACUGCAUGUCCUAAACGAAUGAAUAUUUUUAUGAGGCGCCUUGUACCAGAGAUGGGCCAGGACCAAACCAAGCAGCAGAUAGAGAAGGGCCUGAGGCUGUAUCAGUCCAAUCAGACGGACAAAGCUCUGCAUGUGUGGACAAAGGUGCUGGAGAAGACCUCAGAUCCUGGUGGGAAGUUUCGCGUGCUGGGGUGCCUGAUCACAGCUCACUCGGAGAUGGGAAAGUACAAAGAUAUGCUGAAGUACGCCCUCGACCAGAUCGACACAGCCAGGGAAAUGGAGGACCCGGACUACCUGACGGAGGGCUACCUGAACCUGGCGCGCAGCAACGAGAAGCUGUGCGACUACCAGAAGACCGUCUCCUACUGCAAGACCUGCUUGAAUAUGCAGGGUACCACGGUGAGCCUGCAGCUCAACGGCCAGGUGUGCCUGAGCAUGGGCAACGCCUACCUGGGCCUCAGCGUUUUCCAGAAGGCGCUGGGCAGCUAUGAGAAGGCCCUGCGCUACGCACACAACAACGACGACAAGAUGCUGGAGUGCAGAGUCUGCUGCAGCCUGGGAAACAUCUACGUCCAGCUGAAGGACUACGAAAAGGCCUUAUUCUUCCCCUGCAAGGCAGCCGAGCUCGUCAAUGACUACGGCAAAAGUUGGAGUCUCAAGUAUCGAGCCAUGAGCCAGUACCACAUGUCUGUGGCCUACAGGAAACUGGAGCGCCUGCCCGAUGCCAUGGAGUGCUGCGAGGAAUCUAUGAAGAUUGCUCUGCAGCAUGGAGACCGGCCUCUACAGGCUCUGUGCUUACUAAACUUUGCAGACAUUCACCGCUGCAGGCAUGACGCUGAUAAAGCCCUCCCUCGUUAUGAUUCCGCUCUGGGAAUUAUGACUGAGAUAGGAAACCGUCUUGGACAAGCUCACGUCUAUCUGGGAGUUGCAAAGUGUUGGCUUCUUCAGAAAGAGUUUGACAAGGUCCAGAUCAUAAGAAAAACAUCUGAAAUGAACACAAUAGUUGUAACAGAUCUGAUGAGAAGGCCUCUCCGUAGUAACAGGCAUCUCUUUACUCCUCAGGCUCUUGAAUCCUUACAGCGAGCUCAGGAACUAGCGGAUGCAAUGGGAAAUAAGCUGUGCACGCUGAAGGUCCACUGCCUGAGCGAAGGCAUCUACCGGAGCCGCGAGCAGCAGGAGGAGCUCCGGGAGCAGGUGGUGAAGUUCCUGCAGUGCGUGGAGGAGCUGGAGCUCUACUGCGGCAUGUGUGGAGAGUCCAUCGGGGACAGGGACCAAAAGCUGCAGGCGCUGCCCUGUUCCCACAUUUUCCACCUGAAGUGCCUGCAGACGAACGGGACAAAGGGAUGCCCAAAGUGUUUCAAGUCCUCCAUGAAGCCUGGAUUUGUCUGAUGGCGAGGCUGUCUGUAUGCGUUGGAUCUGCAGACGCAGCUCGAUGCGUCGGAGGCUGCGGACUGAUGGGAGAGGCAGGCGCCUCGGGACGUGCUGAAGAUGUUUAAGGAGCAACAAACCGCUGCUCCGCACGGACGAUGUCCAGCUGAACCAAGAGUGUCUGAGAAUGAGGCUCAGAGCACUCAGAACAAGACAUCCGUCUCAUUUAGACAUCGGUGUGACACUGACAUGAGCAACUGUACUAUUAACAGUGUUGCAUUUCAAGGUAAACUGAAGAACCUACACUGUCUCCGAUGACUGGCCAUAUGUUGCAGUAUUUAAAUAGAAUACGGAGCAUCUAACACAGCAUUUAUAGCUUAGUGUAUUUGGAUACUUUGUGUUUGAAAAAAAAACUUUUCAGAAACAAUUCAGCGAUAGCUCGGCAAUCCUAGUCACUUUUCUUUUUACGCUACAUCCCAUUCUUUAGCUGAUAUAUAUUUAUUGUUGUAUUCUUGUACAUACUAUUCUCAUGUUUGACCUAUUUCAGAUGUUUUGUAAAAUCCUAAAACUAAACUAAAAUCUCUUAACCGUUCAAAAGCUAUGUCUUUACAAAACAGAUACAUGCAGCUGUUUUUAUUUGUUGUUUUUUUGUUUCCUUAUUCACAGAGAUUAAGGAGCAGGAUCGACACACAUUGUGUUCAUAUAAAUUCCUUUACUUGUAAUAUCUGGGAAUGUUUUACUCUUAACUCUGACAUUAACAAUACGUUGCAUGCAAGAAUAAGUAUAGUUGGAAAGGAAAUCAUUGACCAAGCACUCAGUUUCACAGCUUUGACGGGGAGAUGCACUCACAUUCUACAGGCAUUGCUCUUGUCUAGUGACUUUCUCCUUGCAAAGGCAUUGAUAUUUUUCAUAGGAUUUUUGAUGAACUCGGAACACGUAUGAGUUAUUGUUUCAGUGAGUGGCUGCAUGUUUCAUUUACAAUCAGCAAUAUACAGUUAGAUCAGUGUAUAAAGACGGGCAUUUGCCUAUUUAUUUAUUUCUAAGUUGUUUAUUAUGGUAUUUCUUAAUAGUCGGUGAGUUUUACCAUUUAUAUUCCAAAAAGAAUUAUACACUUUGGACUUUUUUUGAGCUUUGGAAGGAGAACGCGACAUUAAUCAGAAUCAUUUUAGCUACUUAAUAAUAAUGAUAAUAAUAAUCUUUUUUAAAAUGAGUUUAUUUGCAUUAUGUGUUCCUUAAUCUGGACAUUUCUUUACAAUAUUUGGUUUGAAGAUUGUGCUUGUACUGUGUUAAAGUACUCUGACGUUGAUGGCAGAUGCUGACAUGCACGAUUACAAGGAGAAAAGAGGAUAUGUACUUUUUGCUGCGCCAACAAAAUGGUUAACAAAAAUAAUAUGGGCCGCCUUGAGGAGCACUCACAAUACUGUCGCUUUUUCUUUCUCCCUCCAAACAAAAUCUGAGAGCAGCACGAGAAGGAAAACACGGACACAGCUGCAUUUACUGCACGAGCACUUGACCUCACCCCUGAAUCGGGUUGAGGUCUCUGCAUCCAGAAUAAUGAUGAUUCACCGUGUGUUUACCUGCAUAGACGUAGAUUUUAUUUACAGUUCCUUUCUCGGUUCUAGGGCAUGAAGAAUUUUGCCAACCGCAUCUCUAACAGUUGAACUACCUCUUUUAUCUCUCUCUCCAAGUUUUGACAAUAAUUGUAGUGAUACCAUACCAUUCAAAUGGCUGUAGAUUUAUGUUUUUCUAGUCAUAAUUUGAUUUGGUGUCAGACUCAGUGCAUUGUUAAUUUAUUUAUGCGUAAGUCAAACCUUAUUACUGACUCAUAUGGAAACAUUUCAUAUUGUAAAAUAAAGAGCACCAGAACUGAACUGUAUUCUGUUGAUUGAAAGUGAAAGGACUUGCAUGCAUCAGUAUGCUUAACCUGCCUUACUUGUUGUUCAGUCAAUGCCAGUAAUCUGACAUGUACCUCGCCCAGUCACCACUCCUUAUUCACACAGAGGACGUUCUCCCGUGGUGUUACAUUACCGAGACUCUUCAACCUGAUGGCUGUAACUUUUUACACCACCGAGAAGGACCUACUUUGUCCUAAAUGCUCAGACAUUUAUUGCUUUCCUGUUAUUUUAAUGUGUGGCCACAAUGUUUGCAAAGUUUGUUUAAACAAAUUCUGGGAAUGGAAAGGAUGUCGAGAAUGUCCUGUGUGUGGCGUUCCGUCUGCCACUCGGAGGCCUCCUAUCAAUUUGCCACUAAAAUUAGCGGUGGACGAGUAUCAAGAAAGAAGGACUGGCAGGAAUAAUGGAGACUGUUUUCAUCAUAAUGAGAAGCUGAAGAUUUUUUGCAAAAAUGAUGAGGAGCCCAUCUGCUUUGUCUGCCAAGUUUCCAAACAGCAUAAAGUGCAUGAGUGCUGCCCAGUAGAGGAGGCAGCCAUAGAAAAAAAGAGUGAAAUUUCAGCCGCGCUGGAAUCCUUGAAGAAAAACCUUAUUUUACUGAACAAGACAAAGAAGCAAUGGGAGGCAACACAAAUCUAUAUACGGACCCAAAGCUCUCAGUGUGAGACGGCAAUAAAGGAGGAGUUUCAAAAGCUUCACCAGUUCCUCUGGGAGGAGGAAAGCGCCAGGCUGAAGCUGCUGAAACAGGAAGAAAACACCAAGAUCUCGCUCCUGGGCAAGAAGAUUGAAAGCAUAGAAGAGCAGAUCAAAAGUCUCUCCUCCACCAUCAGCAACACGGAAACAGCACUCAGAGCCAUAGACUUGCCAUUUUUACAGGACUUCAAGCAGACAAAGAAAAUGGUCAAAUGCACUUUCCGAGAGCCAGAGUGUAUCAGAGAUAUUCUGAUCAAUUCUGCACAGCAUCUGGGAUUACUGAAGUUUGGCGUUUGGAGGAAGAUGGCAAACAUCCUCACACAUGUUCCCGUCGUUUUCGAUCCCAACACGGCCCAGUCCAACCUAAAGCUCUCCCAUGAGCUGACCUGUGUGCAGUACAGCUGUAAGCAGCAGCUGCCAGACAACCCGGAACGCUGCACCAGCAACGUGUGUGUGCUGGGAGCUGAAGGCUUCAAGUCUGGGAAACACAGUUGGACGGUAGAUCUGGGGCAGGGGAAAGACUGGCACAUCGGAGUGGCCCGCGAGUCCGUCCAGAGAAAAAGCACCGUUUUCCUCAACCCGGCAGAGGGGUUUUGGGUGAUCGGCCUGCGGGAGGGAAACUCCCUCUGGGCUCAGACCUCACCUUCCACCAGACUCCCAGUGAAGCACAGGCUGGAAAGGAUCACUAUAGAGCUGGACUACGACCGGGGGAAGGUGGUCUUCACCAACGCCGCAGAUUCCACUGUGAUCUACACGUUCAAAGACAGAUUUCAGGAGAGGAUUUUCCCCUACUUCUCCCCUGGAGUGUACAAAGACUGGAAAAACGCCAGCCCGCUAACUAUCUGCCCUCAGACGAUAAAGGUGGAUGUAGAG